AUGGUUCACUUAGGUCCUAAGCCUCCUCAGCAUAGAAAGGGUUCGUUGCACGAUGUUCCCGAAGCGCUUCUCAAAGAAUUGGAGCAGCUUGAGUCUGUUUUCAAUGUUAGCGCAGAAACUCUUCGCAAGAUCACCGACCACUUUGUCCUCGAAUUAGAGAAGGGUUUGAGCAAGAAAGGCGGCAACAUUCCCAUGAUACCCGGCUGGGUUCUUGACUUUCCAACCGGGAAAGAAACGGGUGAUUACCUUGCCAUAGAUUUGGGAGGAACCAACUUGCGAGUUGUUUUGGUCAAGCUUGGAGGAAACAGAGAUUUCGACACCACUCAGUCCAAGUACCCAUUGCCAGCUACCAUGAGAACAGCAAAGAGCGAGGAGUUGUGGGACUUCAUCGCUGGUUGUUUGAAGAAGUUUGUGGAAGACGAAUACCCAGAGGGAGUGACUGAGCCAUUGCCAUUGGGUUUCACUUUCUCGUACCCAGCAUCGCAGAGUUCUAUCAACGAAGGUUUCUUGCAAAGAUGGACCAAGGGUUUUGACAUUGACGGAGUUGAAGGUCGCGAUGUCGUUCCAAUGUUGCAAGAAGCUAUCAAGAAGGAAAACGUUCCUAUUGAAGUUGUAGCCUUGAUCAACGAUACCACCGGUACUUUAGUUGCUUCCGCCUAUACCGACCCUGAGACCAAAAUGGGUUUGAUUUUCGGUACAGGCUGUAACGGUGCUUAUUACGAUGUCUGUGGCGAGAUUCCCAAGUUGGAGGGCCAGUUCCACGGCGAUGUAGCUGGAGAAUCGUUGAUGGCUAUCAACUGUGAAUACGGAGCUUUCGACAAUGAACUCGCAGUUUUGCCCAGAUCCAAGUUUGACCACCAGAUCGACGCUGAAUCACCUAGACCAGGCCAGCAGGCUUUUGAAAAAAUGAUUUCUGGCUACUACUUGGGUGAGGUGUUGAGACUUGCCUUAUUGGACUUGCUGGCUAAGGGAAUAUUUUUCAAAGACCAGGACUUGUCCAAGUUGAACCAGCCUUUCAUUUUGGACACUUCUUUUCCAGCCAGAAUUGAAGAAGACCCUUACGAAAACUUGUCAGACGUCCAAGACUUGUUCCAGCAAGAGUUGGGUAUCCAGACAACCGAUGCUGAAAGAAGUGUUAUUCGCCGUUUAGCAGAAGUAAUUGGAGAAAGAUCGGCUAGAUUGUCAGUAUGUGGUAUUGCUGCUAUCUGUAAGAAGAGAGGCUACAAGACCGCCCACGCUGCCGCUGACGGUUCUGUCUUCAACAAGUACCCUGGCUUCAAGGAAAGAGCUGCUAAGGGAUUGAGAGACAUCUUCCAAUGGGAGACCAAGGAGGAUCCAAUCAUCAUUGUUCCAGCCGAAGAUGGUUCUGGAGUAGGUGCUGCUGUCAUUGCAGCCUUGACCGAAAAGAGAUUGAGAGAGGGUAAGUCCGUAGGAGCAAAGAAGAACUAAAAAUUCAUUCUCUAAGUCAAAUGUCCAUGUACGAAUACUAUACUAUAGCUAGAAUAACUAAUAACACAGGUAAUGGCUAAUUUGU